AUGCAUAUUGGCAUCACUAUAGCAGCGGAACUCGGCUCAUUACAUGGAAUUAAAAUUAGGAUUCCUGGAAACAGAUUGCUGAGCAACAGGAUGGUUAGAUGCUUAACAAAUGUAGAAGCUUUUAUACUCCGAGCUGCAGAUAUUGAAGAAGUCACCAGCCUUUUUGCAAGAUUCUUGAGAAAUACACGUGUACAAGGUGCCAUAAGGUAUGAAUCUCCGUACUGGCGAGGCCUUGCAGCAACCCGUAUUCAGGUUGCAUGGAGGUACAGAAAGAAGCGACUGAGUCGUACAGACACCUCAAGUUCUCUUAUUGAAUCACUAGUCAUAACCCGUGCUCGAAGGCACGAAAGAACAUAA